AUGUCUUGGGACGACGGAAAACACUCGAAGGUGAAGAAAAUCCAUCUGACGUUUGAUGACGUCAUCAAUUCGAUCGAGGUCGAAUAUGACGGAACCAGCCUUAAGUCUCAGCCACGUGGCACCAUCGGCACCAAAUCUGACGGGUUUACGCUAAGCCCAGACGAAUACAUAACGGAGGUGAAUGGUUACUACAAAACGGUUUUUUCCGGUGACGUGAUAACGGCGUUAGCGUUUAAGACGAAUAAGAAGACGUAUGGGCCAUACGGAAACAAAUCGAGAAACUAUUUUUCUGUUAACGCACCUAACGGUAAUCAGAUCGCCGGAUUCUUAGGAACCAGUGGCAAUGCUCUCAACUCCAUCGACGUUCACUUUGCUCCUAUUCCUCCCGUCACUAGCACAGGAUCUAAUCCCGGAGGACCUAGUACUACUCCUGGAGGACCCAAUACUACUCCUGGAGGACCCGGGACUACUCCCGAAACUACUCCAGGAGGACCAGAAACUAAUCCCGGAGGAGGCAUUGGAACUACUCCUGGAGGACCUGAAACUAUUCCCGCAGGACCUGGAACUACUCCAGGAGGGCCCGGGACUAAUCCYGGAACUACUCCAGGAGGACCYGGRACUAAUCCCGRAGGAGGCGUUGGAACUACUCCYGGAGGACCAGAAACUAUUCCCGGAGGACCUGGAACUACUCCCGAAAGCGGAUCGAACAUUGAUUCAAAUCCUCAAAAAUUGGAAGUACAAGGAGGCAAAGGAGGAAAUCAGUGGGACGACGGAGCAAAUCACGAUGGUGUGACGAAGAUACACAUUGUACCUGGUGCUUUAGGGAUUGAACAAAUCAAAUUCGAUUAUUUAAAGAACGGAGAAACAAAGGAAGGAGCUUUUCAUGGUGUUAGACAAAGAGGUUCCAUUUCAACGAUUGAGAUUAAUCAUCCAACCGAGUAUCUUGUUUCCGUCAAGGGUUGGUUUGAUUCUAGCAAUAUCAUUCAAGGAAUUCAAUUUAUAACCAACACAAAGACUUCUGAUUCCUUUGGAUAUGGAGAUGGUGAAGAGUUUUCACUUGAAGUUAAAGACAAGAAGAUCAUUGGUUUUCAUGGUUUCGCCGAUUCUCAUCUCAAUUCUCUUGGAGCUUAUUUCUCUCCAAUAACCUCAACUCCAUUGAUACCUGCAAAGAAACUGAAAGCAAUAGGUGGUGAUGAAGGAGAUUUAUGGGAUGAUGGUGUUUUCGACGGUGUUAGAAAAGUACAUGUUGGUCAAUAUCACGAUGGUGUUUGUUUUGUCAAGAUUGAGUAUAACAAAGGUUCUCAAGAAAUCGAAGGUGAUGGUCAUGGAAAAGAAUCAAUGCUUGGAGUGGAAACGUUUGCUCUGGACUAUCCAAGUGAAUACAUCACUGCAUUGCAAGGUUACUAUGAUAACGUCCAAGGAGAGAAAGGCGGUUUGAAAUUAGUGACGAGUUUGAUAUUCGUGACUAAUAAGCAAAAAUCUUACCCAUAUGGGAUAACUGGUGGCGAAUUUUUCGAAAUCAAGGAAGAAGGUCAUAAAAUCGUUGGAUUCCAUGGAAAAGCUGGUGAUUGGGUUCAUCAAAUCGGAGUCUAUGUCGCGCCAAUCACCAACUGA